AUGGCAUCUUCUUCUUCUUGUCUGUCAAUUCAUCUCCUCCUUUUCUCUGUUCUAUUUUCGGCCUGUUCUGCUUCCCAUCCAGCCCGAAUGCUCUUCCUUGUUAAACCCAAACCCAUCAUUCUCAAAUACCAUGGCGGCGAUCUUCUCAAAGGAAACAUAACAGUUAACCUUCUAUGGUACGGCAAAUUCAACCCUUCUGAAAAAUCCAUCAUCAUAGACUUCCUCAAUUCCAUCUCCACAAAUAAUUCAAUUCCCCCGCCGCCAUCCGCCGCCUCCUGGUGGAACACCACCGCCAGUUACAACACCGGCCAGUCUAAAAUCUCUGUCGGGUCCCAAAUAUCCGACCAAAACUAUUCCGUCGGAAAAUCCCUCACCGAUUCGGAUAUAACCUCUCUAGCCUCCAAACUUGCAACGCCCGGACCCGGAAAGAAUCUGAAUUCGUUCAACCUUGUUCUGACAUCAACCGACGUGCUCGUUGAUGGGUUCUGCAUGAGCCGGUGUGGUGUUCACGGGUCCGGUCGGGUCAAGAGGCGUCACGGGCAUCGACUCGAGUUUGCUUACGGAUGGGUGGGUAACCCUACAAUUCAGUGCCCUGGAGAGUGUGCCUGGCCGUUUCAUAAACCGACUGUGGGCCCUCAGACGCCGCCGCUUACGCCGCCAAAUGGGGACGUCGGAGUGGACGGGAUGGUGAUAAGUCUGGCGACGAUCUUGGCCGGGGCGGUAACGAACCCGUUUGAUAAAGGGUACUUUCAGGGUUCACCUAGUAUGCCAAUGGAGGCUGUGACGGCUUGCGCUGGUUUGUUCGGGUCGGGUGCGUUUCCGGGUUAUCCAGGAAAACUAUUGGUGGAUAAGAAAACGGGUGCGAGCUAUAAUGCGCUGGGUGUUAAGGGACGCAAGUAUUUGAUUCCUGCUAUCUGGGACCCGAAUACCCUGAAGUGCAAGACACUGGUGUGA